AUGAGAUUUACCUCCUGGGGCCUUGCCUACUCCUGGGCAUCCUGUGCACAGAAGAGUACACCAUCCCGGAGAUCCUAUGGACCACAUCGAUUUGGUUGGAGUCUGUGGCCAUCGUGCCGCAGCUGGUCCUGCUGCAGCAGAUGCGGGAGGUCUAGCAGUGUUUGCUAUCUUUGCGGUAAUCAAGGGUACGGGGUUUGUUCGGUGAUUUUCGUUCAUGAUGACUUCCUGUUGCUCUUUUGUUGGGGGGGGGGGAGGGUGGCUUGUCAUUCAGGGUAG